CGUAAUGGAUACUAAAAUACUAAUAUCUGAAGCUGAAAGGUAUCUUCGAAACAUGAAACCAACUGUUCGUGUGAUUGCAGUUUGCAACGUCCGUUGAAAUUGACGCACGUUGCAACGUCCGUAUUUUCAACGUUCAUGUGACUCCGGCUUAAGUGAUUUACUGCGCUGAUCGAAAAUUAUACACAUGUAAUACAACAAAACUGCAAAGCAUAACAAUAGAAAGUAUAAACGAAAUUCCGAAGUGGGUAACAGUUAAUUGUCAACAUGGCGGAUAGUGAUUUUCUCAUCACAAUUUCAGGUCCCGCUCUGUCAUUAUUGUUUUACGAAAAUGUUCGCAGUUGCGGGGACCAGAUGGGCUUUUUAUUAGGAGAAACACUUGAAUUUGUUAUAAAAUCGUACACAGAUUUAGACAAUCAGGUAGAAACAGUGAAAAUAUACAACAAUAUUGAAGCUGUUGUAACUUGCCCAUUACCAAAUUCUUUGCAUAAUUCUCUUGGCAAAAUUAAUAAAGAAAAAUUAAAGGAUUUUUUACGUGAUAAGAGUAAACAAGUGAUAGGUUGGUUCCGCUUUAGGCGAGAUAUAGGCUUGGUACCUACAUUUAGAGAUAAAUUAUUGCAUAAAGAAUUUGCGUCAUAUUUUUCCAAUGAUAAUGGCUCUAAAGAAGAGUUCUUUGUUACUUGUUUAUUAAGUUCUUCGACAAGCAGUGAAGGAGGAACUUAUAAAUUUAAACAUGUUUUUUUAAGACACAGAAGAGGGGUAUUUGAACCAGUUCCUUUACGGAUAAGUAACUUAGGAAGUAAUUCAUUUGCACAUGAAGGUUCAGAUUAUAAACCUACUCCUACUAAAAAAUCAUCUGAUGUACCAGAUGUAUUUACAAAACUCAUAGAAUCUUUAGAUUUGGAUUUAACAAAGACAUCUGCAGUUGAAUCUGCUAUUACUAUACAAAUGGCAGCUGAGCAGCAUUUAAGUCAAUUAAUACCUGAAUUAUGUAAGUCUGAUCUUGAAGUAGCAGAGCUUGAAAGGCAACUCAAGGAAGUUAUGCUUAACAAAAAGGCAAAAGUUAAUGGAAAUUCAAAUAAUGUAAAUCAAACCAGCGAAACUGAAAAAGAGGAAAGUAAUGAAGGAAAACAAAUAUCAGAAAAAUCAUCUCCUUCAAUAACUGAAUCUUCAGAUGAUAUCUAUCAAGAAUCUCGGUCAUUCAAAGAUCAUACCUCUGCAACUAAUCAAGUUGCUACUCAUAAACCGAAAAAUACAGUAACAUAUGUUGAGAAAAAUAUCAAUCAGAGCAAAUCAAGAAGAGUGAAUACAAAUACCACAAAUAAUCUGAAUCAAGAAUCACCCUCUAUAAAUUCUAUUUCAGAAAUGAAAGUUGAUGUUGCAGAAAGUGUGUUAAAUAAGAACAGACGUAUUUCGAAUAUGGAAACGGAAACUGUGAAAGAAUCAAUCUGUGACACAAACGCAAGUGCUGUCGGAAAAGCCAAAGGCAAAUUAAUCCAUAAUACCUAUUCAGAAUUUAAAAAAGCGAGAAGGACUUCAGGCUCAGAAUCGUCUGAGACAAACAAUGUACAAAACACUUCCUUUCAAUCGUCUUACAAUCAGGUUACGAAGAAAAAAGUAGAUAAUAUGCGUAAAGCGGAUACGACAGACAACCAUUAAGUAAAAACGGGUUCCUUAAUUUUAGUUCAGUUCAAAAGCUUUAUAACAAUAUACUUAAACUUGUAGAGCAAUUUCUGUAAAAACAAACAAAAACAAGCAGAGGUUUAGAGUGCUUGCACUACACUCAUGUAUUGUAAAUAUUGACAUAUUUUAAAAUAUAAUUAAACUGACCAUAUCUGUACUAUGUGCAAGACUGGUCCGUUUUUUAGCAAAUUUUAAUCUUACAGAAAUAUGAAAAAAAAAAAAAGAAAAAAACGGUAUUGUGUCAUGUUCAUAGUAUCGAAUCUGUGCAUUAUAAAGUGGAGAGGCAUCAUAGACUGAAGUACUGAAUAGUUUUUAAUAUGCGUUCUUCUGGAUGUUCUAUAUUUAAAAAGUAUUAUCAUUCACAUUACCGCUUUUUUGUACUAUUUUCAUGAUACGUCUAAUAUAU